CUCUGGGGGGCGACGUGACGCGAGGGUUCAGCAGCCGCAACGUGUCAUCACUUGCUGCCGCUUCUUGUCCCAGACUCCCAGCGGCCACCUCCAGCCGGAACAUCCCUCGCAUUCCGUCCGCAUACACACAACCACACACAGUCACAAAGUACCCAGGACCUCAGAACCGCACCGUCAUCAACCCCCACCACCCUAUUUGACUCCGACCCUCGCAGCCCAACAAUGGUCCAAGUCUUUUGUCUGGCCGUCGCCGUCAAAGACGGCAACAAUGUCCGCAUCCUCGCUAUGGAACAGGACCUCUCGACUUUCUCAUUCUUUCAGCGGGGCAGCAUAGCGGAAUUUGUCAACUUCUUCACAAAGACGGUCGUUGAACGGACCGCGCCGGGUCAGAGGGCCAAGGUGGAGGAGAACAACUUUCUCGGCCACGUCUACGUCCGCUCCGACGGGCUCUCCGGGAUCAUGGUGACCGACAGCACGUACCCGACGCGCACGGCGUUCUCCCUUCUCAACCGGCUCGUGGACGAGUUUGCGUCCAAGUUUCCCGAUAAGAACGCGUGGGCGGGCAUGAACCCGACGACGACGGCGGGGCGGUAUUUGGAGCUGAAGGAUCAUCUUGUGAAGGCGAAGGACCCGGAGAGCUCGGAUCCGUUUAUUAGGGUGCAGAAGGAGUUGGAUGAGACUAAGAUUGUUUUGCACAAAACAAUGGAAUCAUUACUGCAACGAGGAGAAAAGCUAGACGACCUGGUACAAAAAUCCGAAGAUCUAUCCAUGGCAUCGAAACAGUUUUACAAGACGGCGAAAAAGACUAAUUCCUGCUGCGGAUAUUGAUGUUAUCGCGACUGUGGCCCCCACUUUUUGUUUCUCCAUUCAAUGUUUGCUUUCGACGGGGGUGUAUGUAGUAGGGACGGCAUGCCCAUCACUUGGAAGUGCAGCAUGUAUAUAGACUGGCUGGGAUAUGAGAAAUCAGUUGUUUUUCAGCAGCAGUCGUCUCCGUCCAUCAAAAGCUGCAUCAAAUCCUGGCAUACCAAACGCGUCCUUGUGUUUCCAGCAGCCGACCAUUUA